CCGGCGCCGCCGCCGCCGCCGCCGCCGGCCGCACCAAGGCCGAGAUGCCGGCGGCCGUCGCCAGCGAGCAGUACGCGCCGCCCGAGUACUUCCGGCUCGGCUCCAUCAUCGAGCUGGCCGACGGACGGCAGAAGCGGGUGGAGGAGCUGCAGACGGAGGACUUCGAGACGUCGGCCGACCUGUCCGCUGAGCUGAGGCUCGACCGCAGCGUCGUCACGCGCAUCGAGCAGCUGGGCCGCACCGCGUACAUCGUGUUCGCCGUGGGACCGUACCGGACAGAGGUGGCGUUGGAGGCGCAGCUGGAGCACCCGUUCUUCGUCUUCCACCGCGGCUGGUCGUCGUGCAGUCCGGCGCUGACGCUGCAGCUCUACAGCCUGCCGUGCCGGCAGCUGGAGGCGGGCGAUGCUGUCGGUCACGUGUGCUGGCGGCCGCGGUGA